GCCAAUCGGUCAGUGAGCGUUCAACGUGUGUAGACGAAAAAUGUGUAAUAUGUGUACCCGUGACGUGAUUGAGGCCCCGGCUGUGGUGGCGCCGGCGCCGAAACCCUCGCGUACUUUAGAACGAAUGAAGAAGAAGCAUAACAUUGUGACGGACCCCAACAACCUCGAGAAGCAGCAAGAGGUGGAGUACCAGCCCGACCUGCUGGCUAUCUCCACCAAGUACUCGAAGAUCGGCUACGACCUGAUGAAGCAGGGCCUCGUCCGCCUGCAGGAGACGAAAGCAUACGUUAUUGCGACGAGAACCUCUCAGCCUCUCCACGUGGCCCUCGCAGUCGUGGUCCUCCUAGCCUGGCUGAGCCGGCCCGGCACCAGCGGCAGCAUCCGCGGAUGGCGAGCGCUGUAUGUCACAGCGGUGGCAACGCACUUGGGAGCGCAAGUCUGGAUGACAUUAGUCUCUGGUAUAGUGCUAUACUUCAACCUCCCUCGCCACGAGUUCGGUAGAGUGCAAACGGUGCUGUUCCCAGUGUACUACGCCUUCAACGCAGUCAUCAGCCUCCUGGCUCUGCUUGCUUACUACAGGACGCAGUGCCUCACACAGUUCGAGCAGACCUCCUGGGUACAGCUAGCGCUUCUGCUAGCGGUAUUCAGCAUCGAGUCGUACGUGCGCCUGCGCCUGGUGCGCCCCAUGCUGCGCGCCAAGCAUGUCAAGACGCAGAUGGAAGAGGCUGCCGGUGGCGGACAAGAAGUCGGUCGCCUAAUCCUAGGUGAGCUCGCACACUGUCCCCGCUACCUCCGUGUCCUCAAGACCUUCCGGACAUACCACUCCAGUAUAGCCAUGGGCACCAUGAUAGCCCUCGGCUGCUCAAUAUACUCAACCAUGAUCAUAGUCGAUUCCAUGUGCCGUUAAUCGACUAAACGAGUAACUAUUGGAGAUGAACUAACUUUAUCAUAUUUCCGUUGGCAUGCUGUGUAAAUUUUAACGUAGGAAUUUGAAAUUGUAUUCUAUUCGAUUUUUUUGGUAACGAAUUAAAAUUGUUGAAUUGUUAACAUCUGUUUUUGUAGUUGGAUUUGUACGGAGUUCUAGAUGAAUUAAUUCUCAUUACUAAUCAAAUAAUGUUAAAACUAGGUUAUUGUAGUCUGUGUGCAAUGAAGAUUCACUUUUUAUGUAGAAACACAAUGGCAAUAGCUAAGUUUAGUGAUUAGUUUACAUCUAAAAAGAAGUUUACAUAGCAUGAUACCACCGAUAAAAAAUAAGGAUAGAUUUCAUGAAUGCAUAACUUUCCUAGUUCCAAUUCAGGCUGUGAGGUCUGUUUCACUACGUACGCUUUUUCUGAGAAAAAUAAACAUAGUAUUAAAGAGUGACUCGACAGGGAUAUAGGAGUGUGAGGCGCUGGUCGCAUGAAUUGUUUCCUAGAGAAACGCAGACAGAGAAUUGUUCCAAAUUAUAAUUUAGUUGUAAGUGACGGUAGCAGAUGCGGCUAAACGCAACGAUUGUAUUUAUACGAUAUUAACUCAUCCUUUUCCAAAGGAUUCGUAGAAAUUGUAACAUCGUUUUAUAGGAAAAUUAUAAGUAACUUGCCAACAACUAACAUUAACAAAAUUAAUCUUGCCAAUUGUAUGUCGCAGUAUCGGUUAGCCGUCGGCAGCGGGCCCAUCACUAAGCUGCUUGAUAUUAUGAAACUCAUGUUGUAUGCUCUCUAAUUUCCUGCAAUACUGCCAUAGUAUAGCGCUAAGCGUAGUUUUAAGUAGUUUAGACUCUCGCCAACGCAUUUUGUCGCACAGUAAUCGUUAAAAUGCUCCUUGAACGCAGGAAGUUACGAGCACGCAACUUACGACGAUGGUGUUCAAUCAAAUCGAUUGUAGCUGAGCUCUACACUCGAUCGUUCGAAGAAUGUUUGAUGAUCUUCGGAACUUGCCAUUAGCGAUUAUGCUCGCUAAGUUUUAUCGUUGUGACGACUCGAUUGUCUAGUCAGCAACUUACGACGCGAUCGUUAAAUCGCCAUUUUGCGAAUUCGCGCGUUGAUGAAACCUGAGCUUAAAAGUAUUGCAUUUAAUCAAGUUCAUUGUUACGAACAUGUUUAAAUGAUUACUUUUAAUCGUCAAGCAGCUUAUGCCUUAUUGGCAGAGGGUUUGUUUAGCUAAUUUUAAGUAUAAUAUUAUAAUUACUAAGUUUAGUUAGAAAUAAAUUUAUUUAAUCAAUUAAUGUGAAUACAUGUUAGUGAUUACUGUUUACUUAUUAUUCGUAAAUGAUCUGAGUGUCUACGUGGGAUUAUUAUUUAUUUGAGACGAGAGAACGAUAAAAGUAUUAAAAUUAAAAAUAAAUGAUUAUAAUGAAA